AUGGGGGUACCAUACUUUCCCGAGCGUGACCCAAGGGAAUGCCAAGGUCAAGAUCCAGUCCAUGGAUUGGAGUUUUACUCGCUGAAUACUCUGCUAUGCGCCCGCCCGCCUGAUGUUAUCGAAUUGCUUCUGGUCGCCUUUAACAUGCUAUCCCAAGUGAAAGCCGCUGGAGCUUGCAUGGAGAACUGCCAGCGAUUAUUCAAAAAUCCUGGGUAUAACCCGAGUCCUGAUGAGUGUUUUGACAUGUUACAACGAGCACUUCUCUCCCUCGACAAAAUCUUCCUCGAUCCCCCUCCGCAAUCCGACGAUAAAUUUGUUCGGGAAAGUUGGUCGAUGAUUGAAACGGCGAGAGCAAGGAUGCAAUCCGCUCUCCUAAAGCUUGAUGACAUCAAAAACGGCCCCGAAAGAAAUGCCCUCAAAGCUGUCUACUUGGAGGCUGCUGUUCGAGACUGUUGGUACCACGCGUGA